UCUCCAUAACCCUAACAUCGACUCCAUAAUGCCUCAAAAUAAGAAAAAAAAGUGAAAUUCUCCUCUCCUCUUUCCUUUGUUCUCCAGAUUUUGAUUUAGGGUUUACGAUUUUUCCUUUUUUCUGAUUUCAUUGUCGCUUCUCCAUUUAGAGGGGAUUAUUAUUAAUGUUAUUAUUGUUUUUGCUUUUUAAUAUUCGAAGUUAAGAAGUAUCUUCCUUUUUCUUCAACGAGGUAUAUAUAUAUAUUGGAGAAAUGGCGACAGCAGAAGCAGCACCAGCCACUCUUGGUCCAAGAUAUGCACCUGAUGAUCCUACUCUACCGAAACCGUGGAAGGGGCUGAUUGAUGGAAGCACUGGCCUGCUGUAUUAUUGGAAUCCUGAGACCAACGUCACCCAGUAUGAAAGACCUGCUAGUUUGCCUCCACCCUUGCCACCUGGUCCCCCUCCUGCGGUUUCCACACCUAAGCUAGCUCCAAUUCCAGUUGCGCACUCAGUGCAACCUAAUGGUGUGGUGGCACAGAUGGCCCAAAAGCAAGUCCCCCAGGGUGCACAACAGCAGGGGCAACAAAUGAGCCAGUUACCUGAACAGCAAGGUUCAAUGGCACUGCAUGUUUCUGACCAGCAGGGACAACAACAACCAAGUUCACAAAUGGGACAGCCCAUACAACAACCUGGGCAGUUCAUUCCACAGCAAAAUAGGCCACUGGUAAUUCAACAUUCAAAUCAGCAAAUGAUGUCUCAAAUGGGGCAGCAAAUGCCUCAACAGCCAAGUCAGCAUUUGCCACAGCAGCAAGGCCAGCAACCAGGACCGCUGAUGCCCCAACAGGCCAUUCAUCAGAUGCCUCAGCAGCUAGGGCAGCAAACAAUGCAACAUCAGAACUCUCAAAUGGCACAACCCCAAGGACAUCAAUAUGCACAUCAGCAUUUGCAGUAUAUGGCAUAUCAACAAAGCGUGCUUCCAAAGGGGCAACAAAGUUCUCAGCUGCAUGGUGCACAGGGUCAACAGUAUCCAAAUCAAGAGGAUUAUAAGGCAGCACCUCCCAAAAGGGAGGAUGUUGAUUUUCAACUAGCAAAUCAAACUGGGUUUUCUUCUUCCCAGUUUCAACAGAUGGGCACGUCAUCUUCUCAGAAUGUCUCGUCUGGAACCAAUUCGGUACAGAUGCCACAGACAGGUUUAUAUAUGGGUCAAGCUCAGCAGUUUACUGGCUCUUUCAUCAAUAUGCAGCAGCCAACCCCUAUGGCACAUUCACAACAGUCUGGAGCAGAUUUGGUUCACCAGCAGCAGGGUCGUAGGUUUCAGAAUCAUAUGGGCCCUGGCGUCAUGCAGUCUAAUAUUCCUCCAUCGGGUUUAAACACCAGUUAUGAAGAUAAUCUACAUGGCAGGACCGGAAAUGAUUACUACUUAAAUGGUACCAAAGAUGGGCCAAUGAUGGGUCCACAGCAGCCCUCACUUUCAGCUAGACCCAUGGAGAUGAGGGUGGGUGGUCUGCCACCUCAAAAUGUCAUACCUGGUCAUGGUGGGGGAUUCAAUGCUAUAGCAGGGCAUGUGCAUAACAUGUAUGGUCAUGCUGGUCCACCUUUCAAUAAUGCCUUGAUGAGGCCCACAUUUGUUGGAUCUGCAGAUACUGCUAAUCUGUCUCCAGCUGAAGCAUAUCGUAAACAGCAUGAAGUCACGGCAACGGGAGACAAUGUUCGACCAUUCAUAAGAUUGAAGACACUGGUUUCCUCCGAGAUACUGAGAGAGAUCCAUUCUGCUGGUUUCUCAUCUCCCACACCGAUACAAGCACAAACAUGGCCCAUUGCACUACAAAGUCGGGAUAUAGUGGCAAUUGCUAAAACAGGUUCUGGUAAAACAUUGGGCUACUUGAUUCCUGCCUUCAUUCUUCUGAGGCAACGACAUAAUAACCCUCAGAAUGGCCCAACAGUGUUGGUUUUGGCUCCAACACGGGAGCUUGCUACACAAAUACAAGAAGAGGCCAUUAAAUUUGGCCGAUCUUCAAGAGUCUCUUGCACGUGCUUGUACGGUGGAGCUCCAAAGGCUACUCAAUUGAAAGAGUUAGAUCGAGGAGCUGAUAUUGUAGUGGCAACUCCAGGUCGGCUAAAUGACAUCCUUGAAAUGAGGAAGAUUGACUUUGGGCAGGUUUCACUCCUCGUUCUAGAUGAGGCAGAUCGAAUGCUUGAUAUGGGUUUUGAGCCCCAGAUCCGCAAGAUUGUAAAUGAGAUACCUCCUCGCAGACAAACUCUGAUGUACACGGCAACCUGGCCCAAAGAAGUUAGAAAAAUAGCAAGUGACCUCCUUGUCAAUCCUGUCCAGGUGAAUAUUGGCAGUGUUGAUGAGCUUGCUGCCAAUAAGGCUAUCACACAGUAUGUUGAGGUCGUUCCCCAGAUGGAGAAGGAGAGGCGCCUGGAGCAGAUUCUCAAAGCUCAAGAACGUGGUUCAAAGGUUAUUAUUUUUGCUCCACUGAGGUUGUGUGACCAGCUUGCUCGUAGUCUUGAACGUAACUUUGGAGCUGCUGCAUUCCAUGGUGAUAAAUCUCAGAAUGAAAGGGACUGGGUUUUGAGUCAGUUCCGAACUGGGAAAUCCCCAAUAUUAGUUGCUACUGAUGUUGCUGCCCGUGGGCUUGACAUAAAAGAUAUAAGGGUGGUUGUUAAUUAUGAUUUCCCUACUGGGAUUGAGGACUAUGUUCACCGAAGAAGAACUGGACGAGCAGGCAACUGGUGUGUCUACACCUUUUUCUCUGAGCAGGACUGGAAGUAUGCCCCUGAUUUGAUUCAGUUCUGGAGAGAGCUAACCAGCAUGUGCCCCCUGAGGUACGAGAGAUAGCUUCUCGUGGUGGGCCUGGUUUUGGGAAGGAUCGAGGUGGGAUGA